GAAAACCAAUCGAGUGGGAUUCACUAGAGCAGCCUGCAAAGCAAACAAGUAUAGGAAGGACGAUGGCAUCCACCGACCAACCUGAUCCACCAACUCAGCCUGUCCUUCCACCUGGAGAUGCUCCAGCAGCUGCUCCGAGAGAAGCACUGAUUACCACUGCUGUGAAAUUUCUACAAAACCCAAAAGUACAACAGAGUCCCUUGGCAACCAGAAAAGCCUUCCUGAAGAAAAAAGGACUGACAGACGUGGAGGUGGAAUUGGCCAUCUUGCGCUCUGGUAGCACAGAAGAAGUUCUGGCCCUGAGUCCUAUAGGGCCUCCACAUCCACUUCAUGCAACUCAGCUGGUUCUGCAACCCAAGGUGAGCACACACAGUCCAGCAGGUUACAGAUGGAGAGACUAUGGCGCCCUCACCAUCAUUAUGGUGGGCCUCGCUUUCGGCUUUCAUCAGCUUUAUAAAAAAUACAUCCUUCCCCUCAUUAUGGGCAGCCGAGAGGACAAGAAGCAUCUGCAGAGGAUGGAGAGCAACAUUGCGGCAAUGAGUGGCACGCUGACACAGACAGUCACUCAGCUGCAGCAGACCCUGGCCUCCGUUCAGGAGCUCCUCGUUCAGCAGCAGCAGAAAAUUCAGGAGCUCCAGGAACUGGCUGCAGCAGAGGCAUCCUCUUCAACAAACCGUGUAUUGGACAACCAAUCAGUUGGAGAGCUGAAGGCUGAGAUCGGCUCUUUGAAGGGCUUACUGCUCAGCAGAAAACAAUUCCCUUCUACUCCCGCUGUUCCAAAGAUCCCUUCAUGGCAGAUUCCUCUAAAACCACCUUCGGCAUCCACCUCUCCAUCCAUCAAUCACACUAACAGCAGCAGUGACAUCUCUCCUGUCAGUCACGAGUCCGCCAGCUCCUCCCCUGUUAAAGACGGUCAACACAGUCCUCUGGAUGCACUGGGAGGACCAGAUGGAGCUAAUGAUAUCAAUGGCGAUGCCGACGCUGGAGGUCUCGGCGCAACGCUACCCCUGGACUUGAAAGACCAGGUCCGCAUGGAGGUGCAGGGGGAGGAGGAGCAAAAGGAGGAAAGGGAGGAGGAUGCGAGCCAUGUAGAAGACGAGGAGGAGGAAAGUCUGAGCAUGCAGACAGAAGAUCGACCAGGUGGGGACGGACAGAUUAACGAACAGGUGGACAAACUGAGGCGGCCCGAGGGUGCGAGCAACGAGAGUGAGGUGGAUUAGACGACAGCACAAAAACACUCACAAUCACUCACAAACACAGCUUCUCCUCUCUGCUGACAGCUUGGUUUCAUUCUACUCCUGUCUGCACAAAAUCAUUCUGUUUGUUUUCAGUUUUUAAGUUAAUCUUCACUGUCUGUUUUCACGUGUUUCUUUCACAUUUUAAUCUUUGUCUAAAUGAGGAGCAAACAUGCAAGUGCCACGAUGCAAAACUGACAUGUUGGAUUGUGUAGUUGCCAGGCAGCUUGAAUGACUUUUCAUCAUGCAAACUAAAUGGCAGUGUUCUUGGCGUAAUGACCAGGCUGUGAUGUCUCUUCAAAAAGAGCAAUGACAAGCAAUAGUCAAAUCAGUAUGACCUUAAAAGGCUAUAUACCCCAGUAACUAUGUGACUUUCUUCUUUUCAUUUUCAUGAUUUGAUCAGAUACUUCACAGCUUUGCCUUGGCGUCCUUUUCACUCUCAUACAAUCCAAAGAGGCAGAGCGGCACAGACUAUCUCUCCUGCAUAGUGCAGCUGUAGGUCAAGAGUCAUAUGUUGGCACUUCAGUCUCAAAGUUACCACAAGCUUCCAGAAAAGCAUUAGCAGAGUUUGUCUCCCUGUUGAUGGCAAUAGGAGAGGACAAGCUCUUCCAGGGCCGGAGCUUUUAGCCUCUUUUAUGUGUCCUUUUGCAUUGGUGUCAGUCUGUCAAUAAUUCACAAGGCCAGCAGGGUGGCAUUUGGGUGAAAUAAAAGCCCUGAAAUUCGAGAUUAGAAUGUGAUGACGGGCUUUGUUCCACUGUGGUGUCAGAGUGCUCAUACGCUCAAAGGAGGGGAAGAUAAAUGUUUUCCCCCCGCUUUCCUUUUUCACUGAGGGCUGAAUUGUGCAUCCCUGCGCGUGUGUUUGUGUGUGGCUGGCGUGAAAAAAACCCAGACUGUCUGCUGAGCUGUAUCUGUGUCUCCAGCAGGGCAGCUGAUUUGGUUUGUGAAGUAUGUUAAUAAUCAAAUGAUCAACAAAUAACAGAUGUAUUAGUUCAUGCAGCUUGAAAUGUCAAGGAGGCUAAAAGCGGAAAUCUAAUACAGAAAGCCCAGUUGCAUUGUAUUAUUUUCCGUGACAAACCCUCCGGUCCAAAUUAUGUAGGGCCUCCUACAGUGAGUAAUCUUUACAGAAAACGGCGACAAUAUUUUGUAAUUAAGCUGCAGUAAGACGUCGAGGGCUGCCACAGAUGGAAGUUGCAGAACUCGCUUCUUUUCUCUCUCUCUCUCUCUCUCUCUCUCUCUCUCUCUCUCUCUCUCUCUCUCUCUCUCUCUCUCUUUCUUUGUGGAGGUGGAUUAGGGAAGUUAAAAAAAAUGCCCGUGAUUGAAAAGGAAAGUAAUAAAUGAAUACUUGACUUAUUGAAUUACUCACUCUGUCUCCAGUUAACAAGAAGAGUCCAUGAGUGAGAAGAAGGGAUAUCAUCUCUCGAGCCGUUUCCAUCAUCACACGGCCUUCAUACGAACACAAAAAAGGUACAGUGGAAAUGCACAUCUGUGUGUCACUGGUCCUAACCUGAAGACUUCUUUGUUUUUGUUUUGGUGAUCGGAUUUGUAGGAAAAAUGUGAAAUGAUGAGACAGCUGCAUUAGAGUAUGCUUUCAGCUAUACAUACUGUAUGUGAUAUAAAUGAAUGAAUCUCUCUACAUGAAUAAGGUUGUCAAGAGAGGUCACUUUUUAAUGCUUCUGGUGAUUGUUUUCCUCAUUGUAAACUGCUGAUUACUGUCUGAGUUUCAACCAACAGUGUAUAUAUGUGUAAUAAAUCUGAUUUAUCCCCAAAAGAUGUUACUGAGUCUUAUUUGACUCUUCUUGUAUUAAAUUGUUUUAAUGUUUUUUUUUUCUUUUCCUUGUGUUGCACAAGUUAAUACUUUGAAACACACUGCUAGAGCCUAUAUUAUGUGGUGUUGUAAAAUGUACCUAAAUUAUAGUGACAUUAUUCCAAUCAACAUUUAAGGAAAAACUAAAUAAACUAUAACAACAAUGA